AUGGAUAUGGAGGAGAGGCACCUGUGGCCAGUUCUUGUGGCUGAUUGGAUAGACCGAAUACUGUCCUUGUGGCACACGCACAGAACGCCUGUCAUUGCGGGGGUCUUGACAGCUUUACUUCUGCUCCGGGCUUAUUUGAGAAGAACGACGAAGUUCAAAGAUCCCAACUCCUCCUCGAACCCAUCUUCGCCUCUACCCUUGAAGGACGACGAAAAACCCCCAUGGUCAUCCCAAGUUCCAGAGAAGCUCGAGACUGUGUCCUCCAGAGAACGAAGAGUUAGCCUGCAGCAUUCUGCGGGCCCGAAACUUGUGACGGGUCGAAGGCCGCUGAAGGAGAGAAAGAAUGAGAACACAAAGCAAGGCGGGGGACAACUGCGUGUCCAACCCCUUGUUUUCUACUGCUCCUUGAGCGGUAAGACAGCACAGCUUGCACAGAAUGUGGUCUCGAAGCUCAAUGCCAGUCUGCCACCAGACGGGUCCGUUCUGCCUUCCGAACUCCACGACAUUUCAUACAUCGAUCUUGAUGACUUCUUCAUUUCCGGACCAAAGGUUCGUCCAUCAGCUGGAGGCGUCAGAUACUUCUACUGUCUGCUCAUUCCCUCGUACAACAUCGACACUAUCAUGACGAAUUUCCUUUCCCACCUUGACGAGACGCACAACGAUUUUCGAAUCGAUACUGCUCCACUCUCUUCGCUGCUGGGAUAUUCGGUCUUUGGCACUGGAGAUAAGGAAGGAUGGCCUUCGGAAGUAGAGGGAUUCUGCUCACAGGCCAUUGAAGUGGACAGAUGGAUGGCAAAGCUUACUGGUCGAAAGAGAGCAUACCCAUUGGGACUCGGGGACGUGAAGGGAAAUCUGCAGAAAAGCCUUGAUGAGUGGACGGUAGGCAUUCAGUACACAUUAUAUGAUCUGAGCAUUACUGGCACUCUCGGUGAAGGCGUACCUGGCAGUGGUGCAGACCUUGAGAGUGCAGACGAAGAAGAAGCUGACUUCCCAGACUCGGGCCGCCAAAAGCGUCAAAAGACAGAACAAGUCGCCGACCUUGAAGAUGUCCGCGGUCCAAUUAAUGGCCCGCUACCCAUUGACUUCACCACAACCACCUCCUACUUAUCAUCCGCACCAACGCUUAGGGAGAUGGUCCCUAAAACCUCCCCAACGUACGCCGCCCUAACAAAACAAGGCUACACAAUCAUCGGCUCCCAUUCUGGCGUCAAGAUCUGCCGUUGGACCAAAUCCGCCCUCCGCGGCCGCGGUUCAUGCUACAAAAACUCCUUUUACGGCAUCAAAUCCCACCUGUGCAUGGAGACCACUCCCUCCCUCUCCUGCAGCAACAAGUGCGUUUUCUGCUGGCGACAUGGCACGAACCCCGUCUCAACAACGUGGCGGUGGCAGGUCGAUGAUCCGCAGAUGAUCUUCGAUGGCGCCAAGAAGGGCCACUAUCAGAAGAUCAAGAUGCUCAAGGGUGUCCCGGGCGUAAGGGCGGAGAGGUUCGAGGAAGCGAUGCGGAUCAAACACUGUGCAUUGAGUCUGGUGGGGGAGCCGAUUUUCUAUCCACGCAUCAAUGAGUUUGUGGGGUUAUUGCACGAUGAAGGGAUCUCGAGCUUCUUGGUCUGUAAUGCGCAGCACCCGGAUCAGCUGGCCAGCCUACAAAGGGUCACGCAGCUAUACGUCAGCAUCGAUGCGUCGAACCGAGACAGCCUGCGCCGGAUCGACCGGCCUCUCCACCGCGAUUUCUGGGAGCGCUUCCAAAAAUGCUUGGACAUAAUCAGAGAGAAGAGGUUUGUGCAGCGAACAGUGUUCCGCCUAACCUUGGUCAAGGGAUUCAACAUCGAAGAAGAAGUGGAGGGGUACGCAGACCUCGUGCAGAAGGGUCUUCCCUGCUUCGUCGAAGUCAAGGGCGUGACGUACUGUGGUACAUCUUCCUCCGCCGGCGCAGGUCUGACAAUGCAAAAUGUACCCUUCUACGAAGAGGUUGUGGCAUUUGUCGAAGCGUUGAAUGCGGCGCUGGCACGACGUGGUUUGGAGUAUGGCAUUGCGGCAGAACAUGCACACAGUUGUUGCGCCUUGUUGGCUUCAGAUCGGUUUUUCAUUGAUGGGAGGUGGAAUACUAUUAUUGAUUACAGCAGGUUCUUCGAGUUGCUGGAGCGCGGAGAGGACUUCUCGCCGGAGGAUUACUGCUUGCCUACGCCGGAAUGGGCGCUUUGGGGGAAAGGUGGCUUUGACCCUGCGGAUCAACGUGUUGACAGGAAGGGCAGACCUAAGGUCGCUGAAGUGGUGGGAUACCCGGGCCAUGCAGCCCAAACGAUAGCACAACCAGCUUAA